AUGCUCGCUUCCGCCGCUCUCCUCGCCCUCGCCGGCGCAGCUAGCGUCUCUGCCAUCGUCGUCCCCAACGGCGAGAUUGCACGCCUCAAGCGCGACUACAUCCGCACCCUUAGCGAGCGCUCGAAGCUCGCCAAGCGCCAGUCUGUCACCAGCGGUGCCGACGACGUUACCGUCCUCAACUUUGCCCUCACCCUCGAGCACCUCGAGGCCAAGUUCUACCACGAUGCCCUUCAGAAGUUCAACCAGUCGGCGUUCGACCAGGCUGGCUACUCGGGUCUCUACCCUGUCCUCCAGCAGGUCGCGAAGGACGAGCAGGCCCACGUUGACUUCCUCACCACCGCCCUCUCCGCCGCCGGCGCGACUCCCGUGCAGGCUUGCAACUACACCUUCCCCUACACCGACAUUCCCUCCUUCCUCGGUCUCUCGCAGGUCGUCGAGGGUGUCGGCGUGAGCGCCUACCUCGGCGCUGCCGGCUCGAUCAACGACACGUCGUACUUGACGGCUGCCGGAUCGAUCCUGACCGUCGAGGCCCGCCACAACGCCUUCAUCCGCUUCGUCAACGCCUACACUCCCUUCCCCCAGCCCGAGGACACCCCGCAGUCGGCGUCCAACGUCGUCACCAUCGUCACCCCCUUCUUCACGUCGUGCCCGUCCGGCUCGGCACCUACCAUCCAGGGUCACCCCGCCCUCAACGUGACGAGCAAGAACUUCACUAUGGGCGCCGAGCUCAAGAUUGCCCCGACCAACGCCUCGGCCGUUAACACCAACAACGGCCAGCUCUACUGCGGCUUUGCGUCGGGUCUCGCUGCCGGCUUCUCCAACUGGACCAACGGCGCCUGCAUGAUCCCGACCGCCAACAUCAGCUCUCAAGGUCAAACUUACGUCGUCCUGACCACUGGCCCGUCCCUUGACGACAAGUCGACGGUAGCAGGACCUGCCAUCAUUGACUUGUCUGUCCAGAACGUCACCGUUACCCUCCCCUCGCACAACAUGACCUCGUCUGGCUCGUCGUCUGGCUCUGGCUCGUCCGGCAGCUCGUCGAAGGGCUCGGCCGGUUCGUCCAACUCCAACAUGACGAGCGGCGCUUCGACCGUCAAGAUGGGCUUCGCCGACUGCAACGGCAAGAAGAAGGACAAGGGCUACUGA